CUAACGCGAUCUACUCUACCGACUCCAUACACUGGAAUGGUGAUGCCAAUGCUGAGGCCUUAACAAGACUGGGAAAUAAUCCGAGGCAGAGAAGAAGAGCAUUCAUUAACAAGCUCCGCAGAGCGGAAACAUUAGAGGAACAAUUAUCCGAAUUCUCAGAGGUUCCCCGGAUAUUUGACGAGUAUCCCGAUCCGGAUAUCAUUCAUAUUGCGUUAACCUUUCUUGCCGAGCGUUUUAAGAAUUGGUAA